AUGGGCGUCGUCGAGCGCUUUCUGGAAAGCAUCUUCGAAAGCAUAGGCCGCAAGGUGGGACGGCAUCCGGUCAAGAGUCUCAUAGGCAGCGUGGUCUUUGUCAUUAUCUGUGGCGGUGGCUUCGCUUUCUUGACGAGCGAGACGCGGCCGGAGAAGCAGUGGGUUCCCGCAGGUUCAUUGGCCCUCGACCACAAUGAGUAUGUGUCGAACACGUGGCCAGGAAAUGCCCGCAUUAACCUCUUCUCCGCGACCUGCGCCGAUGUCGACGAAAGCAGCUGCAACAUCUUGGAUCCCAAGUACAUCCAACGCUUCCACGAGAUCAACCAGCGAAUCUUGAACAUCACGAUCGAUGGUGAUGCUUUGGUGGAGCAGUUGGAUGCCGACCACAAGCGAUCAGAGGGCGACAAUCGACCCUGGACCAUUUAUGCUGGGGACUGGAAUUUCAACGGCCGUCCAAAGAGUGUCGACGGGUCAGUUGUCUUCGAGGGGCGAAAGUGCUUUGCCUUUGGGCCUUUUUGUGGGAAGCAGUCUGUUCUGGACGUGUUCAGAGAUGACGACUACAUUAUUAGCAACCUGGACGACCGAGCCGUCAAGCAAGCCCUCAACAACUGGGAGGGCCAGGAGACCUUCUGCCCACUAACUCUGGCCUUCGAUUACUCGCCCUGCUACAAUCAAACGUGCCAGAAGUACAAGACCACUGAAGAGCGGCUCACGUGCCGAGCAGAGGCAUCCAGUUACUGUGCCCAAAGGUGUCCUACGAGGACAAUCGUUACAGCCGAUGGCGAGGCAACUAUCCCGCUUAACAUGGAGACCUGUGAGGACCGUGGCUGCAUCCAGCUGGGCGCUUUCGGCAGUGGGCAGACCACGACGACACCGCCUCCCGGGCAGCUCAACACGGAUACGAAUGGAACAGGCCAAGCCCCAGAGAGCGCCUUCGAAUUCCAACCGACUCGGAUCAGUACCAUGGUCGGCGGUCAUGUCGCCGACAGCAACUGGCGCUAUGCGCAGGGCAAGUACAUCGCAGGCUUCUACGCGCUGAACAAGGCCGAGCUGUUCUGCCCGCGCGAGGGACAGACUGACCCCGUGGCUGACGAAUGGGAGCGGCGUGCUCUCUGCUAUAUGGGCAUCGAUGCCGACACGCGGGCGGAUCCAAAGCUCGACUGCAAGCCCGACGACCUGCUGAAGUUCAACGGCCUCUUCCAGCGCUCACUGGGCGACGAGUUCGGAAAUGCCAUCCGAGGAGAUAUUAGCAAGCUCACUGCUUCCUACGGCGUGAUCAUCGUGUACUGUGCUAUCAUGAUUGGCAAAUGUGAUGCUGUGCACUCUGGCGUGUUCCUGUCCUUCGUGGCAGUACUGAUUGUCGGCCUCACGAUCGCCAGCACGCUGGGCCUGAUGGGCUACUUCCAGGUUCCCAACGGCAACCUGAACAACAACCUGUACUUCUUGCUGCUCGGUCUGGGGGUGGACGACGCGUUCGUCCUGACCUCUGAGUUCUUGGGUCACACCCGUGCCAACAAGGACCUUCCGGUCGAGGAGCGCAUUGCGCAGACUGCUCGCACAGGUGGAAUCUCCGUUUUGAUCACCUCUGCCACGGAUGCCCUGGCAUUUUUGGUUGGAGCCACCACGGUGCUCCCAGCUCUGGGCUGGUUCUGCACCUAUGCAGGUGUCUCCAUCAUGCUUUGCUUCACCUACCAGCUGACCGUCUUCUUGCCGUGCUUGGCACUGAACGCCUACCGUGCGGAGAAAAAUCGCGUGGACUGCUGCUGUUGCUUCCGUGUGGCCGAGCGUCCUUUGGAUGAGCCGAAGGGCUGUUGCUGCUUCUGCUUGCCUUCCAAGGCUUAUAAGGGCGGCGUCUUGAAGCGAGGACUGAAGCGCUUCGCAGAGAUUAUUACGACGCCGGUGGGCCAGAUCGUCACCUUCGCAGUCUUCCUUGGCGUGGCCAUUGCGGGAGUGUACGGUUCCACGCUGAUCUACAAGGAUUUCAAGCUGGAGUGGUUCAUUCCGGACUCCUCUUACGUGAACAAUUUCUUUAACAUCAACAGUGAGUACUUCUCCACAGGCACUGCCAUCACUGUGAACUUCCCUGGCGCACUGGAUGCCUUUGACCAGCAGCAGAAUCUGCACGAUGUCUACUCGUACCUGAACUCCUCGGACCUCAUCAACAAGGAUGUUGUUGUCGACAGCUGGUACCGCGAGUUCAUGGAAUGGGCCACCGAGCCGACCCAGGUCGAGACAAUGUCCGCCACGUUUUCGCCCUCCCGAAGCGAUGCAGCUGCCAUCUUCGCGAAUCGCGCCGAGUUUUAUCCAGCUCUCCAUGUGUGGUACCGCACCGCCGUGGGCUCUCGAUACCGGAACUCGAUGAAGUGGACAGACGAGGAUUGCAUGGUGAAUGCCACUGUGGACAGCCUCCCCACCGGCUGCACGGUGACUGACGGGCUGUCUGCAACCCGCUUCAAUGCCGAACUUUCCUUGGCUUCGACCAACACAGGCACAGACCGGUUCAACACAAUGACCACCAUGCGCAAAGAGAUUGAUUCCCGCUACUCCGGUGCUUUCCCCUACAGCUUCGACUUCCUCUACUGGGAGGAGGUCGGCAUUAUCGACGAGGAGCUCGUCCGAAAUUUGAUCAUCUGCGGUGGAGUUAUCCUCGUGGUCAUCUUCGCCUUGGUCCCAUCCGUCCGCAUAGCGACCUGGGUUGUCCUCUGUGUGGCGAUGUCCAUCAUCAACACCUUGGGCUUCAUGUACUACUGGGACGUCACCAUCAGCGGCGUUUCCACGAUUUAUGUGCUGAUCUGCGUCGGCCUGGCAGUGGAUUACGCGGCGCACAUUGCCCACAUGUUCCGGGAGUCGACCGGCACUUCACGGGAGCGAGCUAUCGCCGCCAUGGAGCGGAUUGGGCCUUGCACCUUCAACGCCGUGCUUUCCACGCUCCUUGCAGUGGUUGUAGUUGGCUUCUCGGACAGCUACGUCUUUCGGAUCUUCUUCAAGGUGCUUUUCCUGGUGGUUGUCAUCGCUGGAGCACACGGCCUCUGGUUGCUUCCAGCCAUCCUAUCCCUGGUGGGAGGCUCCAAGGCAGCGGGCGACAAAGAAGGGACCUAUGGAGCAGAUGACAAGGCUGCCGCAAUGACGACACACAUUGCUUCCUCCUGUGCCUUCACGAAGUCUGCUGCUGAUGAUGACGAUGAUGGUGGUGAGAUGGCGGUCCUGCAAGCAAGGGAGUUAAAGACCGUGAUCGAGCGAGUCUUAGAGAGCUUCUUUGAGAAAGUUGGACGCGUCGUCGGAACUCAUCCGGUCAAGAGUUUAGUUUGCAGCGUGCUCUUCGUUGUCGCGUGCGGCGGAGGCUUCAGCUUCUUGACGAAUGAGACACGCCCCGAGAAGCAGUGGGUGCCAGCGGGCUCCCUAGCCUUGGACCACAACGAGUAUGUACAGCAGACCUUUCCGAGCAACUCCCGCUUUAACCUCUUCACUGCUACCUGCAACGAUGUGGAGGAAGCCGACUGCAACAUCUUUGAUCCAAAGUACAUUAAACGGUUCCACGAGAUCAAUGAGAGGAUCAUGAACAUUAGCAUCGAUGGCGAUGAGAUCGUCGCCGACCUGGACAAGGCGCACAAGCGUGGCGAGGGCGAUCGUCGACCCUGGCUGCAGUACCAGGGACAGUGGAGCUUCAUGGGCAGCCCAGAGAAUGUGAAUGGCUCUGUGGUCUUCAACGGUCGCAAGUGCUUCUCUUUCGGUCCCUUCUGUGGGAAGCAGUCGAUCUUGGACGUGUUCAAGGAUGACGAUUACAUCAUUCGGACGUUGACUGCCGAGGGUGCAAAGAUGGCCAUCAACGAGUGGGAGGACCAGGAGAACUUCUGUCCGCUCACCAUCGCUGUGGACAAUUCACCCUGCUUCAACAGCAACUGCCAGAAGUACGACACCGUGCAGGAGCGCAACGAUUGCCGCACCCUUGCCAGAAGCUACUGUGCAACAAGUUGCCCGGAUCCGCGCAACAUGGCCACCUGCAAGGAUCGGGGCUGCUUGACCUUGGGAUCUUUCGAGGCUGUUGAGGCCGAGAACCAACUGAACACGGAUCCCAACGAGACGGGGCAGGCACCUGAAAGUGCCUUUGAGUUCCAGCCCACCAAGAUCAAGACCAUGGUCGGUGGUUUAGUCUUGGACGACACGCAGCAGUACGUAGGUGGCAAGCACCUCUCGGGCUUCUUCGCUCUCAACAAAGCUGAGCUCUUCUGCCCCUCCCAGGGAGUUGGAGAUCCCGUGGCCGACGAGUGGGAACGCCGUGCACUCUGCUUGAUGGGAGUGGAUGCCGACCCACGCGCGGAACCAAAACUGGAUUGCCCCGAAGAUGACCUGCUCAAGUUCAAUGGCCUCUUCCAGCGGUCCUUCGGCGACGAGUUUGGAAACGCCAUCCGUGGAGACAUUGCCAAGUUGACCUCCUCCUAUGCGGUGAUCAUCGUGUACUGUGCUAUCAUGAUCGGCAAGUGUGACGCGAUCCACUCUGGUGUCGCUAUGUCCUUCGUGGCAGUGCUGAUUGUCGGCUUGACCAUUGCCAGCACGCUUGGCCUCAUGGGCUAUUUCGGCGUGCCGAACGGCAACCUGAACAACAACUUGUACUUCCUGCUGCUGGGUCUGGGGGUUGACGACGCCUUCGUGCUGAGCUCUGAGUAUGCCCGGCACUCGCAGGAGAACAAGGAUCUGAGCAUCCCCGAUCGGAUUGCUGCCACUGCACGCACGGGUGGAAUCUCGGUUCUGAUCACAUCUGCCACAGAUGCGCUGGCCUUCUUGGUCGGCGCUACGACGGUGCUGCCAGCAUUAGGUUGGUUCUGCACCUACGCAGGCGUUUCGAUCGUGCUGUGCUACACCUAUCAGCUGACCGUGUUCCUUCCUUGCUUGGCUUUGAAUGCACGCCGUGUAGAGGCGAACCGCAUCGACUGCUGCUGUUGCUGCAGACUCCCGGAGAGGUCGCCAGAAGACCCACAGGGCUGUUGCUGCUGCUGCUUGCCUCGGCAGGCCUUCCAGGGCGGCGUGCUCAAGCGAGGCUUGAAGGGCUUCAUGGAGCGGGUCACCACACCAAUGGGUCAGAUUGUCACCAUCGUCCUGUUCGCUGCUCUGACAGCUGGAGGAAUCUUUGGCACCACGAAGAUCUACAAGGACUUCAAGCUGGAAUGGUUCAUCCCGGACUCGUCCUACGUGAACCAGUUCUUCGAUGUCAACAACAUGUACUUCGCGACAGGGACGCCCAUCACCAUCAACAUGAGGGCGAGCCCCGAUGCUUACGAGGCGCAGGAGGGCCUCCAUGAGCUCUACGGCUACCUGAAUACGACCGAGCUGAUCAAUCAUGACGUCGGAGUCGACAGUUGGUACCAGGAGUUCAUGGAAUGGGCCGUGGACCCGAGCCAGGCCGCGACUGCAAGUGCCACGUUCACGCCGUCCCGCACCGCGGCAAACGCCAGAUUCGCCGACCGACCAGCCUUCUACAGCGCGCUGCACACCUGGUAUCGUGGCACCACCGGCUCUCGCUACCGCGGCUCCCUGAUCUGGGCCUCGGAGGCAUGCAACGUCGAUGGCAGCGUCGAGGUUAUCCCGACAGGGUGCGACGUGCCCGGGGGUCUCAGAGCCUCCCGCUUCAAUGCAGAGUUGUCUCUGGCUGCCACGGACAAAGGCACGAACCGCUACACCACCAUGGAGUCGAUGCGGAAGAAGGUCGAUGAGCUGAUCUCGGGCGCCUUCCCCUACAGCUUCGACUUCUUAUAUUGGGAGGAGGUUGGAGUGAUCGACGCAGAGCUCGUUCGGAACUUGAUGGUGUGCGGCGGUGUCAUUCUCGUUGUCAUCUUCGCGCUGGUGCCGGCUCCUCGUAUCGCGAUCUGGGUGGUCUUGUGCGUCGCCCUUUCCAUCGUGGACACCCUGGGCUUCAUGUAUUUCUGGGACGUGACGAUUAGCGGCGUCUCCACGAUCUACGUGCUGAUCUGCGUCGGCUUGGCCGUGGAUUAUGCCGCGCACAUCGCCCACAUGUUCAAGGAGUCAACUGGGAGCCCGCGAGAGCGAGCCAUCGCCGCAGCCGAGCGCAUUGGGCCCUGCACCUUCAACGCGGUCUUGUCGACCCUCCUGGCAGUGGUGGUGGUUGGCUUCUCUGAGAGCUACGUCUUCCGGAUCUUUUUCAAGGUCCUCUUCCUCGUGGUAACCAUUGCCGGAGCACACGGACUUUGGCUUCUGCCUGCGAUCCUCUCGAUCUGCGGCGGCUCCAAGGAUCCAGUUGGCUUCAGCGCAGGUGCGCGACCUGCGCGAGAGAAGGAAUGA